AUGGCCCAACCUAACCCAGUAGUUUUCUUUGAUAUCGCCCUUGGAGAGAAUUUCCGUCAAUUCUGCACUGGCGAGAGCAAGAAUCCCAAGGGACAGCCCCAGGGGUACAAGGGAAGCAAAUUCCAUCGAGUGAUCAAAGAUUUCAUGAUCCAGGGUGGAGAUUUCAUCAAUGGCGAUGGAACUGGGUCAUGCACCAUCUACGGCACCUCGAAAUUUGCCGAUGAAAAUUUUACACUCACACAUGACCGUCCCGGUUUAUUAAGUAUGGCUAAUUCGGGUCCAAAUACCAAUGGUUGCCAAUUCUUUAUAACAACCACGGCCACACCAUUCUUGAACAACAAGCAUGUGGUUUUCGGCCAGGUGAUUGAUGGGAUGGAUAUCGUCAAAAUGGUUGAACACACCCGGACCACUAAGGAUAAGCCUAACCAAGAUGUAACAAUUGUGCAAUGCGGAGAGAUGUAA